UGCUCAGGUCAUGAUCCUGGGGUCCUUGGAUGGAGUCCUGUGUCCAGCUCUGCUCAGUGGGGACUCUGCUUCUCCCUCUGCCUCUGCCUGCUGCUCUGCCUACAAGUUUAGCAAUGGAGGCUUUCUCUGCUGAUAACAAUUCAACGGACCUACCCUCACAUCAGUGGUAUGAACCCCAAGCCAUUCUCUCCAUAGUCAUUCUCAGCCUCACUUUCUUAUUGGGAUUGCCGGGCAACGGGCUAGUGCUAUGGGUGACUGGCCUAAAGAUGCAGCGGACAGUGAACACAGUCUGGUUUCUUCAUCUCACCCUGGCGGACUUCCUCUGCUGCCUCUCCUUGCCCUUCUCCCUGACUCACCUUGUUCUCCAAGGACGCUGGCCCUAUGGCUGGCUCCUUUGCAAGCUCAUCCCCUCCAUCAUCAUCCUCAACAUGUUUGCCAGCGUCUUCCUGCUGACUGCCAUUAGCCUGGAUCGUUGUCUUCUGGUCCUCAAACCAAUCUGGUGUCAGAAUCACCGCAAUGUGGGGACAGCCUCCACUAUCUGUGGAUGUAUAUGGGUGGUAGCUUUUGCAAUGUGUAUACCUGUGUUCAUAUACCGAGAAACAUUCACUGUAAACAACCAUGACAGAUGUGGCUACAAUUUUGAUCUCUACAGCUCAUUUGAUUAUUCAGACUUCACCAUUGAUCUCCUGGAUAAUGGGUCUCUUGACAACUCCAUUGUUCAGCUGCCUGGAGAAAUGGAUGAUAGGUUAGAGUCUUUCUCUUUGCAAAUAAAUGAUCUUCCUUGGACAGCCACCACUAUCCUCCCUUCUCAAACAUUUCAAAGACCUUCUCGAGAGUCACUCCUUAUGGAUUCAACUAAACCAUCUAGUCAACAUCCAUAUUAUAAUUUAUUUAAACCUACUGAUGAGGUCUCAUCUACAAUCCCCAGUGGCUUUCUCAUUGAAGAUCACAGAACUAACCCACUAGAUAACUCUGAUGCUUUUCUCUCUACUGAUUUAAAGCUUUACUCUGGUACUUCCAAUAAUUCCUUAUACUUGUAUGAGUUAUCCCAAGAUUUCCAGGAUGAUUAUUUAGGCCAAUUUUCAUAUGACAAUCAAGGACUAACAAUACUGAUGGCAAUAACCAUCACUAGACUAGUGGUGGGUUUCCUUCUGCCCUUUAUUCUCAUGGUGACCUGUUAUGGCCUCAUUAUCUUCCGAAUGAGACGGGGCCGCUUCACCAAGACUCGAGUCAAAGCCUUGCGAGUGGCCGUGGCUGUGGUGAUUGUCUUCUGUAUCUGCUGGGCUCCCUACCACAUUGUUGGAGUCCUAUCAUUGUUUGUUGACCCAGGAACUGCCUUUGGAGAAGCUUUACUGUCUUGGGACCCUGUGUCCAUCGCUCUAGCAUCUGCCAAUAGUUGCUUUAAUCCCUUCCUCUAUGCCCUUCUAGGAAAAGAUUUCAGGAAGAAAGCAAAACAGUCCAUGAAGGGCAUUCUGGAGGCAGCUUUCAGUGAAGACCUCACACACUCUACCAGCUGUCCCCAAAGCAAAGUCUUUCCAGAAAGAAAUAGUAUCAGUACAACUGUGUGAAAAUAUGGAGGAGUUGACCCAAGCAGAAGUUCUUAGGUAUUCACCCAGGUUAACAUGUGUCUAAAACAAUGAGAUAUCAUAAGCUGGGGAUUUCAGAAACCAUCAAAGAAUCAAUCCAUAGGUUCUCAAAGUAUGAUCCCAGACUAGUAGCAUCAGCAUCACCCACUAACUUGUUAGAAUCACCUAGAAACUUAAUGAAUCAGAAUCUCUGGAGAUGGGGUCCAGCAAGUGCUUUAACAAACUCUCCUGUUUCUAAUGAAUGCUAAAUUUGCGAAUCAUUGUAAAAAUUCGCUUAUUUCUAUCCCAAACUAAGCCAGUGAGAUCAAUAAGAACCUAGUCUGUUUUAAAAUGAUUUUUCCAUCAUGAAAUUUUUUUGUUUGUAAUUGUCUAAAUCCCCUCCCAGAUUCAACUUAAAUCUGUUUCACCUAGUCUCACCUGAGUGAAAGAUGACCAUUUCUUCAUGGCUUUGUUGUGGUGUUUUUUAAUUAAUGUUUUUUAAAUGAAAAGAAGGUGCAAAAAAGAGAAAGUCUAUGAAAACAAGCAGUUAUGAGACUGAGUCUGGAACAGAGUACAAUAUCAGAUGCUUGCUAUGUGCAAUACUCCUGAAUACAAGACUUGGGAAUUCCAAGUUUCUAUUAUUACAACUAAAUAAGCAUCUACUGUGUGAAGACAGGCUGCUAAGGCAUCUGAAAAUUUCCUCAUAAAAUUGGAUGUAAGCGGUAUUUUGGAGAGUUUUCUAUUUGUUUCCUCAAUCUGCCUAUUGAUAGAACCAUCUCUCUUCCAUUCCCUUUCUUAAGUUCCUUUAUUCCUCACUUGCCUCUAGAUCUUCUUCCAUAUUAGAUUUUUUGCAUCUAAUAAUCUCUGAUAUCAUAAGGUUCAAAUUGCUCCCCUCCUCUUGCUUGAAACUAAUAUUUCCUAAGGAAUUCAUUUCAAAUGAAAAGAGAAAGAGGGUGCAGGAUGGAGCAGCAAUCCUUGAAUUCACUGCGUAAUGACUGAGGGCCCUCCAGGAAUAUCAACAAACUUUGUGAAGCAUGGCUACAGGUGUUUAUCAUUCACCAGGUAUAUCUUUGGGUUUUUAAAAUUUAUCUUUCCCAAAGUAAUACAUGAGCAUAGUUUGAAAAGAAACUCAAAGCUUAUGAUGAAAUAUAAGGUUAGCUGCCCCUCUGCCCAACCAAACCCUCCUCCCACUCCCAUCUCACAGAAAUAACACUUGCAACAAUUUUAGACAUUUCUUCUGAUAUUUACCAUGAUGUCAUGUGCUUAUGCAGCUAGUUUUUAUAUACAUAAAAUCACUUCUUGUCUUGAAAGAUGAAUUUUAUCCACAUUCAUAUUUUUUGCUUAUCCAUCAUCCUAAUGUUCGUUAAUCAUCAUACUUCAAUUUGUUCAAGACCAAACAUUUUCUUCUAUCUGUGGAUCCAUUCCAACGAUACAUAUGGCUUUCCUUCAAUCCUUUUUCAUUUUUAGAAAAGUAUUAUUUAACUCUAUCACCUUCUCAUUUGUCUGUGUAUAUAAACUUUACUGUGUUAAACUUCUAAAAAAAUUUUUAAGAUUUUAUUUUCUUCACUCAUGGAAAACACAGAGCGAGAGAGAGAGAGAGGCAGAGACACAGGCAGAGGGAGAAGCAGGCUCCAUGCAGGGAGCCUGACGUGGGACUCGAUCCUGGGUCUCCAGGAUCACAACCUGGGCUGAAGGCAGCGCUAAACCACUAAGCCACCCAGGCUGCCCAAACUUCUAAAAUUUCAAGUUUAUUUGUACCACAAAUAAACCAAAGUGGAAUAUAUUAUUAUCACCAAAGUGGAAUUAUCACAAAAAGUGGAAUAUAAUUAUUUAAUCUAAAAAAAAAGAAAAUGAGAUGUUUUAGACUUGCAAGGCACUAUUUGUUCAGUGAUUGAGGUGAGGAUCUAGAUUACAAAUAAUUUAUAAAGUACUAUGCAGAAAAAUUGCAAAUAACUGGGAAGUCUUCAAUUGUGAGGUAAUAAUGUCUGACAUGAUGUAAGAUUGCAAUGCCACCUUCCAAUGUAACCUGCUUAUAUAUUUGAUAUGAAUAAAUGCUUUCUCUCUUGUGG